CCCACAGGUGCGGGGCUGGGCCGGCUCUAUGGGGAGAUCAUGGCCAAGGUUUUUCCCGAGGGGAUCGUCUCCGAUGGGAUCCGUAUCGCCAUCGGCCCCGCGGCCUACGCCCUGGCCGGCGCGGCGGCCUACUCGGGCGCGGUGACCCACACGCUGUCGACGGCGCUGCUGGUGUUCGAGCUGACCGGGCAGAUGUCCCACGUCCUGCCCGUGCUCAUCGCGGUGCUGGUGGCCAACGGGCUGAGCCAGCGGCUCCAGGCCUCCUUCUUUGACGGCAUCAUCAUCGCCAAGCAGCUGCCCUACCUCCCCAAGCUGGGCGUGGGGCAGAGCGGGUGCGCCCGGACCCUGGGGUCCCGCCCGAGGCGGGGUGGUGGUGGCCGGAAGCCAGGACUCCUGGCCACUCCCUGCCCUGGGGCUGUGUGGGAGCCGGCACCCCCCCAGAGGGGACAGGCCCCUGCCCCAUUCCCCCCUGUGUUGUUUGCAGAGUGCCGGAUCUUGCUGGGCUCUAUCCGGAGGAAGCAUCUGGCCAAGCUGCUGUCUGAGCAGCUGAGCACGGAGAAGCGAUUCCAGUAUCUGCUCAGCCAGUCCGAGCUGCUGGGGACAGACGGAGCUCCGGGGACCCCAGAGGAGAAGCCAGAAGCGCCGAAGAUUUCUACUGAGCCGGGCGACUGGGAGACAUCCAAGGAGGAGGAGCGAGGCACCCAGCUGUCUGUCAAGAUGAAGGACGUGUGUCACUUGGUGGAGGACUGGGAGUGCCAGCAGCUGCAGGAGCCAGUCCGGCUGGAGGAGCUGCCCAUCGACCCGGCCCCCUACCGCCUGCUGGAGAAGGAGACCCUCUACCAGUGCUAUGACCUUUUCAACUUGCUGGGCCUCCGGACCGCCUAUGUCACCAAUGUGGGCCGGCUGGUCGGGGUGGUGAGCCUCCGAGAGCUCAAAGCCGCGGUGGAGGGGUCGGUCAAGGGCACCUUCGUCAGGGGCCGGCCCCACAACGGGGGGCAACGUGAGGGGGACCCGGACCCCAAUGGAGCCUCGGCCUAGCAGGGAUCGGAGCAUCCGGCCUACCCCCAAACCCGGAUCGUGAGGGGGGGCAGGGGAGAGAAAGCCCCCCCAGCGCCCCGUCUUUUCUCUCUCGCCCCCCCCCGCGUCCCACCUCCAAUACCCCCCCAGUAACCCCUAAAUUAUUAACCCCCUGUUUUCUGGAGCUGCCCCCCCCGAACCCUCCCAAUCACCCAGUAAAAAACGGGUUACAUUUUGUG